AACAGCGGAAAGGGCGCGCGACAUGUUGAACAUGGAGCAACAGCGCCGCGAGAAGCGGCAGGAAACAGCGGAGAAGCUGGCUGCGGAAUUUCCAAUUCCCAAAUGGUUCGACUUGUCACUUCCAGCUCUACAAGCAGGUGAUGCGACAGCGUCCGCGGUGGAAUCGUCCACCAAGUCACCGAUGAAACCCCGCGUGUCCCUGAUGAACAGCGCGGUGCAGCUCGACAUCCUUCGUCAACAGAUACAAACGGCAGGUCCUACGUCGUCGGUGGAUAAGCUACAACGACGAUCCACAAUGACGGCGCUCCAUCCCAAGCGAAGCAUGCCCCCGCCGACCCUUCCCCGCUUGCCCAACGGCGCAGACCAGUACGGGUUGUGGCAGAUUCACACGAGUCCGUCGAAACACGCUCCUCUGCAGAAAUCCAUGACGUCCACAGACAUGCUUCGCGUCAUGCAAGCACAGCAGCAGAAUAUCUCACUGAAGAAGAUCGUCGAUCCCUGGGCAACCGUCGACCCCGUGACAGCGCCGCGGUCGCUCAAGUCGCAUGCGAGCGGUGGUUCCCUUCGACAUCUGUCAUCCGUGUAUUCCAUGUCUCGCGGCGACGAUUCCAACAACUCCCUUCAUGCAGCGUUGGAAGGACUCCAUCCUCCCAGUAGACGCGCUUCCCAAGUCUCGGACCAUCCAUCGUCGUCGAUUGCACUCGAUGACGACAUCUUGGACGACUCGUUGUCUGAACAAGACGAUCGAAUCAACCAAGACGACAACAACCCCACAACCAUGACAUCGCAGCUAUCGACAUCGUCCACCCAUUUGGUGGCCAGUGACCAAAACACCAACAGCAUGGCAUGUCGUCGCCAAAUGUCCAUGCAGCAACAUGACAUAAAAGGGGCGGCGCUCUUGACGCUCGGGACACAGCGCCGCCAAACCAUGACGGACAUCAGCGUGUUUGCCGACACGUACUUGAUCAAGAAGAUCUUCAAGCGAUGGGAUGCCGUCGAGUUUGCGUUUUCAGGCGGAGACUUGAACCAGGCGCAGGUCGAGCGCGUGCUUCACACAAACGGCAUGAGCGCCACCGCCAUGGACAUGGAGCGCAUUCGCACGGAAAUACACCAGUACAUGGCGUCGCAUUGGAUGCCUCCAGCAGACGACGACGACGACCAAGGCGUAGAGGAUGUGACGACCAUUAACACGGACACGGUGCACGUCCACGUGGCUAGAAAGGACGCCGUCGCUGCCCAUUUCGGGCCACGGCUCAUCUCGUACGACAUGAUGCGCGACAUAUUUUACCCCAAGGACCCGUCAGCGAUUGCCACGUGGACGGCCGAGUUGGACGCCGAGAAGAAGGCGGCGGCUGCCGACCAAGCUGAGCGCGACCGACAGCUCGAGCGCCUCGAGCAAAAGAUCAAGCAACGGCUGCAGACAACAGCCCAGGGCAUGCUGCGGGUACUGGACCGAUUCGACUUUAUGCACACGACAUGGGCGAACGCGACAGUGCAAGCCGCCACGACCACCCAAUUGUUCAAGCUCAUUUUCCGCCAACGGAACCAAAAGCUCCUCGUACACGACGACACUGCCGACGACCAUCGAUCCGUGCCAGCCGUGCUGCAUGCGCUGCUCCAAACGUACUCCCGAAACCGAGGCCUGGAUGACAUGGACCUUGAAGAUGCCGCGCAUGUCUUUCACGACGUGGCCGCGACCGCGAUUCAAAACGGCGCCCGCCGGUACUUUGACCGGAAAGCCACGUUUUGGUUCCCCGAGCGCCAACAGUUCUUUGCGUUUCAGCUCAAGAAGCGCGUGUUCCGGGCAUGGCGGGGCCGCGCGCAGCAGCUGCAUCACCAGCGCAUGCUCGUGUAUCGCAAGUUUGUCGCGUGGCGACACCAUGUCGUGCUCGCGGCGCGGUAUCGGGAAAUGUAUCGCAUUUGCUUUUGGCCGUUGUACGUGUGGAAGCGAUAUGUGCAGUUUGUGCUGCUCAGUCGCAGCAAGUCCAUGUUUCUCCGCCUGGUGUUUCACACAUAUGUGCAACUGCGCAUCCUUCGGGGGUGGCGACGAUACGUGGCCAGAAAGCAAUGGGGUCGGGGGGUUAUCCAAGCUCGGAAAGUAGCGCGCAAUGCUUUGACAGUGGGGAGUAUCGUCACAGCGUGGCACGCGAUCAUUCAAGUGUCGGCUCGAUUAAAGCGGAUAUGGGAGAAGCGGGGAUUGUCCAUGCACUGGCAGACCAAACACUACACGAUUCAAGUGGCUAUGCACCUGUGGCGGUAUUACACUAUCUUGCGGCAGGACAUUCGCCGACGGAAAUAUGUGUGCUUUCACGGCGUGUUGGCCAAGAAGAACGACCCGUGGGACGGCGACAGUUCACACGAACAUGUGCCGCUCACACGGAUAAUGGAAUCACAUUUGGGGUCGAAAAUCAAACUCAAGAGCCACACCCACGACCUGGGCAUUGCCAUGUACAUCAAGUACCGGAAAAAGGAUCGCCAGGCUAUCCUGGCCAUGGCCAUGGUAUUCCAACGGGUAGCGCCUUUGUUUUUACGCAUCCUGGUGAUGCACCGAGAACGCCGCAAACGAGGUCGAUUCGCCACCGAUUUGGGGCUGUUUCGGCUCUUUGCGGGCCAUUUUUCGACGUGGGUGCGGUAUUUACUGUACCGCAAGCAUGAGGAUGCGCUCCGCCGCGCCUCGUCCAAGCGUCUGCGCGACCAAACUCAACCGGAUGCAUCAUCUCGUGAAGUCACCAAGGCAGCACCAGCUAACGAUGUCAAACCCAUGUCCAAACGUGCGCUGCAGUGGCGAGCCGACCGCGAAUGGCGCGAUGCAGGCCUCGCACAGGCAGGUGUGGACGCCGUGGACUUGGCCGUGAUGUUGGAAACGUUGGCCCUUGAACGCCUGGACAGCUCGCGACGGUUUGCUGACCGCGAAGCCACGCUGGUAGGCGUGAAAAACGCAGAGUUGCGGCUGCAGCAGGACGAAGAAAGCAAGUCCAACGGCAUGCGAUCGCAAUUGCACCAUUGUGCAUCCCAGAUUUUACACACGCGCGUGCGUCGGCUGUACGAAACGAUCUGUCGCACGUUCGAUGUGCUGCAAGACAUAGCCAAUCGCAUGCUCCUGAAAUCCACAUUCCGUACACUGCGCCUGCCUCGCUCCGACAAGCACGCGGCCAUCCUCUGCCGUCGCGCACGACUUCGCAAUUGGAUUCGGCUUGCUCGCUGUUUCGGGUACUGGGAGCAAAAUAUGGAGCGGUUUCACACACUCAAGUCGCUGUGGCACAUGUGGCGGACGUGGCUGGCAUUUCUUCGGCGUCGGGCGCAGUACGAAAGCCCGGGAUUGUCGCGCCACAUGAAGCGCCGUCGGAUGCUCGUGUCGAAAUUCGAAGCGUACUUGGUCGAACAAGAGUUUAUGCUGAUCCCGACUGUGCUGGGGAAAAAGCUCGUGUACAAUGCGUUCAAGGCAGUGUUUGUACGAUGGGUCGAGUGGACUCAGCUCACGUUUGCCACCAACGCUAUCACGCGGCAGUUUCGCACUAGAUCGGCAAUACGACGUCUCGGUCAGGUCUUCGUCGCGUGGAAGGUUCAAUUGAAGGCCAAGUACAUUGUGCUGCCGUCAUUCAGUGCCGAGAAGCGCCCGACGGCCGAUAUGGAGCGCGUGCGGUCGUCGCUGUGGAGCUUGCGCAAGCAUUUGGUGUCGAAACGCAUACGAAAGGUGCUCGGGGCGUGCGACCGCAAGCUCAAGCUGAGCGUGUGCAGCAACCCCACGCUCAAGCACUUGUUUGCCAUGCACUCCAAGGACAUCAUGAAACGACUCAACUUGGAAAACCGACUCAUGUUUGUAGCAUACAACGAACGCCAAGUCCACCACUACGAGGAACGAUUGAGCCCAUUGAUGGGUGGUGAAAUCGGUCAGCGUUUUGAUUAUGUGGAUGUGGUGCCAUUUGGGCACAUUCGCCAGCUCAACGUGAUCUGCGGCAAGAGCGUCGACGGCAUCGCAGUUCUCGUCAAGUCAUAUAAUCACACGGUGGAAGGCAAGAUCCACGGCAACCCAUUUGGCAAUAGCUCCGUCUUCCCCCUCGGACCUGGCGAGUUGUUGGUGGCUAUCGAAGGCUAUGCGACCCAAUCAACGAUCUUGGGCCUUCGCUUUGGCACCAGCCAGGGGCGGUGGUCCAAAUGGUAUGGCCGCGCCGACGCCGGCCUUCCGUUUCUGCUGCAGGGGGGCGACCACGAGGAGAUUGUGGGGCUGCACGGGUACGCCGCCAAGGACUCUGUGCACGGACUCGGCGUGUGCUUCCGCCGCACCACCGAGCACAACGUGUUUGAAGGGCUCUGGAUCGACCACAUCACACACAAGUUUGACUCAACCCACACGCCCGACGACGCCGCCUCCGCGCCACCCCCCGCUGCCACAGAAGACCGCAUCAACAAUUGCGAUCGGCAGUUUUCCUACUUUUUGCAAAUGCGGUCGUGCGACGUGUAUGCAGCGAUGGAUCGAUCGCACAAGCUGGCGCUUCGCAUGUGGCGGUCGGAGAGCAUCCCUGACGAAGUGAAGCGCCUGCGCAUCGUCAUGGCCGUGUGCCGGUGGUUUUUCAACGCUCAAGUCCACGGUCUGGUGGCCUUGACAGACAAGGAAAACGAAGGGCGGCGGAUCCUCCAAGAUGGCAUCAAUAUCCGCGCGAGUGGCGAGAAACUGCUCGCGGAAGGCGACGCGGUGAUGGCACUGGUCGACAAGUACAGGGAAGGCCGCAAGCAGCAGCUGAAUUUGACCUUGUUGGGGUUCAAGAAGAUCCAAGAGUUACGACACAACAUGGAAGUGGGUGACGACAAGAUCAAACGGGGCAAACAACUGAUUGCGGACGGCAACACGGAAAUCCUGCGUGGCAAGCAGUUGCUGCCCAAGAUUCCCCUCACAGAGCGCAUGCUGCACAACAUCCGAGGACUGUACCGCGUGGUGCAGACCAAAGACAGCAUGGACGCCAUGAGCGACGGCAUCAAGAAGCUGCUCCUGAAUGGACAGCCCAUCGCCACCGACACGACGUUGGUGGACCUGAAGGAGGUGGCCGAAGCCAACGAUAACGCCGCGUUCGACAUGGGCCAGGCGCGCGCCGAAGUCGUGUCCAGCAAGCUGCGGGAAACCCUCACUCGAGUCGCGCAAUAACAAUGUCCCAAGCAAGUGUGAGCUUUCUUUCGAUAUCAAAUGCGGCGAGAUACACGGGAAGCGGUGGAGAUGCUCGUCAUACUCUGGAGACUGCCAAAACGAAGCACACAAAUCGAGUCUGAACACAAUAAGCAUGUACUGUACAUGGAGCGCUGACGGUGUACGAGUAGCGGUGUACUGUACCGUUCUUACACAGGCCUAGGUUAACCCCAAUGGAUUUACGAGUAUAUAUAUAUAUAUAUAUA